AUGGGUUUAACAAAACAACAAGUAGCAACAAAUUAUUCAUAUCGUCAUCCUGGAAAACAGUAUGCUCUUAUCUUUUUGAAUUCUUAUACAAGAAUCAGUCAACCAUUAAAAUUGUUGUAUGAUGCACAAGAUUAUAUAAAAAAUAACGAUUUAAUAAGAUGUUAUGAUUCAUUUUUAACUUUUUUAACAACUGAUAUCAUGAAUAUAUCAAUUGAUAUUUAUUCUGAUACAGCUGCAAUUGUAAUUGAUAUUUUAAAACAAUCUGGAGCAGAAAUGGAUGAGUUAAUUGAUAUUUCAUUUGAAAUUUUACAAUAUAUGGUUCAAUGUACAACAUUUAAUAUGAAAUUAUGGUCAAAAUUACUUGAUUUAUUUCGUAUUCCAAUAGAAAAUAAAAAUUUUUGUUGUAGAACUUAUACUAUUCAAUUAAUGAAAAUAGUUGAAUCAUGUAUCACACAAGGUACAUAUUCUGAUGAUGAAGAUGUUAUCAUAUAUAAAUUAUUACAGGGUAAUUUAAAUGCACCUGAUCGUGAAAGAAGAGCUUCAGCAUUUAGUUGUUUAGUUAAAUUAAUUAUUAGUAAACCAAAUGAACAGAUACCAACAGAAUUUUUAAAAAAAUUUAUGAGAGAUAUGGCUGUACAUCAUGAUUAUAUUAUGAGAGAAAUUAGUAUAAAAUUUUUAGAACAAUUAACUGAUAAAAAUUUAGUUGGUAUUGAAUUUUAUUCUAUUAUUAAAGAUUUAUGUAAAGAUUCUAAUGUUGAAACAAGGAGAAUUGCUUUAAGAGUUAUUCAAAAAAUGGCUCAAAAAUACGGAACAAUGACAGUAAAAUCUCAUAAUAAUUUUGAAAUAUCUUUAAAUGAUGAUGCGUUUGCAAUUUUAUGUGGAGCAUUCAAUGAUGCUGAUACAUUGGUAAGAACAGAAGCUGCAGUAGUUAUUGGAAAAUUUGAAAAUGUUUCUUCUAAUUUUCUACUACAAACUUUAGAUAAGAAGCUUAUUCCAAGUAUGAUAAAACAAGAUGAUAAUAAAGGAAGAGAUUCACCAUAUUUUUAUCAAUGGUCAACUGGAAUGUCUUUAGCUGAAGAUAUUCCUUGUGAAUCAAAAUCUGAAGAAUCAAAAUCAUAUAUACCACCUCAAGCUUGUGGUGCUUUUGUUACAGCAUUAGAAGAUGAAUAUAUGUCUGUAAGAAAAGGUGCUGUAACUAGUUUAGGAAUCUUAGCUAAAGGUCAACCAAAUAUAGCAUAUUUUGCAUUAGAUCAUCUUGCUGAUAUGUUUAAUGAUGAUAUUGAUCAAGUUAGAAUAGAUGCUAUAACAGCAUUAACACCAUUACUUGUUUAUGGAAAAAUUUCAAGAGAUCAAUUAAUUACAAUAUGUACUGUUUUAGAUGAUGCUCUUCCAGAUUCAAGACUUACAUUGCAUGACUUACUUUGUAAAGCAAAUUUAGAGAAUGCUGAUUGUUUACUUCUAUUAUAUCAACGUUUACAACAAAGUUUAGCUAGAUUUCCGGAAGAUAAAUUAUCAAUAUAUAGAUGUUUUUCAUUUAUUGGUAGAUCUCAUCAUCAAUUUGUUCCCGGAAUAUUAUAUCAAAUACUUGAUAUUGAUCCUGUAUUUAAAUUAACAGAACGAACAUUUCAAGAGGCAUCUCAUGUAGCAAGUCUUAUUAUGGUACUUAAUGCAACAGUUGAGUGUGAAGUAAUUGCUUCACUAUUACCUGAUUAUAUGAUUAGACAAUAUAAAUCAUUACAUUCUUCAAUGCCUGAUCUUGUACCUCCUAUUCGAUCAUUUGAAGAUGAAUCAGGUUUUCAUUAUAGUGGAAAUUAUGUUACAAAACUUUCAAGUUCUGUAUUUGAAUAUUUUUCAAUAAUGUUUAAAGAAUUAUAUAGUCUUUUAAAUUUACCUAAUACUCCAGGAUCAAUAAAUUGUAUAGAUGAACAUUUAGAACAAUUCUAUAAAUCAAUGGAUUUUGAUGAAAGUGUAUCAGCAAAUAUGAGAUUUUUUAAUAAAUUUUGCCGAAUUAUUCGUUCUCUUAAAUUUAUGAUGACAAUGAGUGAAGAAGAAAAAAAAACAUUACUUCUAGUAAAUAAUAUUUUAAAUGAAACAAAAGAAUUAGAAAUUACUUUUACAUCUAAAAAUCCUCGUUUACAUCAUUAUCUUAUUUAUAUUCAUUUUUUAACAAAAAUUGUUGAAUGGACCAGAUGUCUUAAUUUAUCUUCUGAUAAAAUUUUUUAUAACAUUUUACUGGGUUUAGAUAAAUUAAAAAUAUCAAAUAGUUAUUUUAAAAAUAAAAAUGAAGAAAUGGUAUCAGAAUUGUCAAAACAAUUUAAAAAAUGUUUUAAAGAAAUUAGUGAAAAAGAAAUUAUUGAUGAUGGUAUAGUUAAAAAUUUAAUUUAUGAUAUUGUAAAAAAAUUUAAACUACAAAUUAACAAAAAUGAUAUUAUAUUUAAUGUUGAAAUGAGAUUAAUGAUGGCAAAUAUUGAAGUUCCAAGUAAACCAAGUGAAAAAAUGAGAUCAGCAGUAUUAAAGAUGCCUGUUACAAUUCCUUAUGUUGUUGUAUUAAAACAUUUUUCUGAUCACGAUUUAAUGAAUUUUUGUAUUAAAAUUAUUUAUCCUGAUGGAACAAUUGGAUAUAAUUCACCUAGAUUAUAUGAAUUUCAUCGUGUUGACAAUGACAUUGUAAGAUUAAGAACUAAAUUGAAAAUUCUAUUUCAAUAUUCAUGGAAUUCAAUUGCUUACAUAACUGUUCAAAAUGGUAUAAUGGUCAGCAAAAAUAUGAUGUCUAGUAAAUUAAAUACAAAUUUCCUUUCAGAAUUUGGAUAUUUCCAACCUAUUCGUCAAAUUUAUAGUAGAGAUAGUAUCAGUGAAACAAUUAUGGGAUUUACAAUGAAAUAA